GCCAGCCCGGCGGUUGAGCGUGGCGCCACGAUUGUUUGUCAGCCUCAGGCGCCGGGAUGCGGGCGACCCUUGCGCAUUUGAAAUUGCCGGGGUAUAUAACGCGGGCAGAUCCAAGCCCAUCCCAGCCGCAUAUCAACCAGCGAGCAAUCACCCCUUAGUCGCUACCGAGCACGGCCAAUCUCCCCGUCUAUUUCACCCCCCGCCUCACAGCCCAUCACACAAUGUCCCCCAACGUCAAGCAGGUCAUCUUCAAGCAGGAUCCCGGCCGCGGCAUGGUCACUCCCGCUGCGAUGGAGGUCGUCGAGGUCGCCUAUCCCUCGCGUGCUCUUGAGCAGGACGAGGUGCUGAUCAAGGCCCUCUUCAUCUCGCUGGAUCCCUAUAUGCGCGGCAGAAUGAACACCAAGGUCGCUUCGUAUUCUCAGCCAUUCACGCUCGGCAAGCCCAUGGACGGCGGUGUCGUCGCCGAAGUGAUCGAGUCCCGCAGAGACGGCCUCGCGGCUGGUGACAAGGUCAUCGGCAGACUUACGUGGGAGUCGUACUCGAUCGUUCCUGCUGGAACCGAACUGAAGAAACUGCCUGCCGAGAACGGCGUGCCGUUGAGCUACUACCUCGGCGUCCUUGGCAUGCCCGGCAUGACCGCAUACCACGGCCUCCUCAACAUCGGCAACCCCAAGCCCGGGGAAACUGUCUUUGUCAGCGGCGCUGCUGGAGCCGUCGGCCUGAUCGUCGGCCAGAUUGCCAAGAUCAAGGGAUGCCGAGUGAUCGGCUCUGCCGGCACCGACGAUAAGGUCGAGCUGCUAAAAUCCAAGUUUGGAUACGACGCCGCAUUCAACUACAAAACCGUCGCCUCCCAGAGUGCGAUCCUGAAGGAGUAUGCUCCCAAUGGCAUUGAUGUCUACUUUGACAACGUUGGCGGCGAGACCCUCGACACCGUCCUGGUCCACAUGAACACCUUUGGACGGCUGAUCGAAUGCGGCAUGAUCUCGCAGUACAACGCCGAAACCCCGUAUGGCAUCAAGAACCUCGUGAUGGUCGUCGGCAAACAGCUGCGCAUCGAAGGAUUCAUCAUUUCGUCUCAGUCGAGCAAGCCCGAGUUUGUCAAGAGCUUUGUUACCGACGUUACCCAGUGGAUUCUGGAAAAGAAGAUUUACUACGCCGAGCAUGUGGUCGAGGGCAUCGAGAGCAUUCCCUCGGCCUUCAUUGGUCUCAUGACCGGCGAUAACACCGGCAAGUUCGUCAUCAAGCUUUAAUUCUUGUAUACUUGAUAUCCGACCGCAUCCACCAUUCGCGGCAGAUAUUCCGUUCCAUUACCACACUUUUGACUGGCAAGCAAA